AUGUCAUUCAACUCUUAUUGUCGUGACUGCGGAAUUCAUUUUGCAGACAAAAUUUGUAGAAAUCGUCACACUGAGAUUGUUCAUUUUGGGCUCCAACCACAAGAUCCUGAAAUUACCGAAAAUUCAUUCUAUUACAUGAACGCUCAUGUCCCUCAAGUUCGUGCCAAAACAUGUCCAGUCUGUUUGCUUUAUUUCGAAUCAAUUGAUGAUUGCAUCAUUCAUGUGAACAAGGUGCAUCCAAACAACCAGAUGCGAUCCCUCUUCAAACCUACAAGAGAACUUGUAAUCAACGAGUGGGAACAUUUAGUCGAGAGUGUGUUUCCGGGAUCUUUUUAUUAUGGUUCGCAACGCAUGCAAAGCUCAAGCCCAGAAAGACUGUCUACCGGACGCUGA